AUGCCUCCUCGACUGAUGGCGCUGCCGAUGCAGCUGUCGCAGUUCAUCACACGGCAAUUCACUCAGGCCUCGCCGCUAGCCUUCCUGACCCCUACAUUUCAGCAAUCCCGCAACGCCUCCAUCCUCUCCUCGCUUUCAGACAAUCCCACGGCCUACAACAAGCGCAUCCGUCGCGGCCGUGGUCCGGCUUCCGGCAAGGGAAAAACUUCGGGCCGUGGUCACAAGGGUCAGAAGCAGCACGGCAAGGUUCCUGCCAACUUCAAUGGAGGCCAGACGCCUGAUAUCGUCGUGAGUGGUGAGAGAGGAUACAAGAAUCUCUUCUCCGUUGAUAUGGCGCCCGUCAACCUGGAGCGCAUCCAAGAAUGGAUCGACCAGGGCCGCAUCGAUCCAACGCGCCCCAUCACCAUCCGCGAGCUCACCCAGUCCCGCUGCAUCCACCAGCACAAAGAUGGCGUCAAGGUCCUCGGCGGCUCCGCAACCGCCUUAAAACAGCCCAUCCACCUCGUCGUCUCGCGGGCCUCCGCGUCCGCCAUCGCAGCCGUUGAAGCCACCGGCGGCUCCCUGACAACUCGCUACUAUACACGCUCUUCGAUCCGGCACAUCCUGCGUAAUGAGUCGCACCCCUUCGUCUCGCUGGCCUGGUCGCCUGAGAGCGGGUCCAAGGAGCUGCUGCAGGCGGAGAAGGCGCCGGAGGACCUGUCCGAGGCUAACGUGAUGAAGACUCUUGGCCUGAAGUACCGCCUGCCGGACCCGACGCGGCGUCGUGAUAUCGAGUACUACCGUGAUCCCGCGCACCGUGGGUAUUUGGCGCACCUGCUGAAGCCGAUGGAGGGUCCUAGUUUGUUCUUCCGCUCGCCUGAGGAGCGGAAGUCUGCUGCUGGUACGAAGAAGGAGAAAAUUUUGCCGGAGAACAGGCUCUGGUGA